AUGAACCGGGCGACUUUUGACAUCCAGCCCCUGCACCGCUUCGGCGGUUCCAAUACGACCAUCCGACGACCCAAACGCCGCUUUUCGCUGGGAGAUGCAUCCCUGUCUUACUACUAUCCACCGCGUCUGCCGGCGGAUCUGAAUGUUGGCUUUGACACCUUCCAGAAGCUCAACGAUGUCGCGGAUGAGCAUCUGGACGCGCUGUUGGAUACGAUCAUUGCCUAUGAGAAAGAGACCAAGAAGAAAUGCGAAACCGAUAUCGUGACUUGGCGAGGGAUGAUGACCAAAGUGAGCUACAAAUUCGAAGCAAUAUCUGUGCUUCGACAACCGUGGGAUCCGUCCUCCCGCGAGGAGAUUGAAGGGCGCGAGGAAGCAGUCGUCAACAACAGCGCGCAGUAUUGUUCUGUGGCCCGCACCGGAAUGGGUAACGUGCGCAUGAUUCUCGGCGGGGAGGUGGAUGCUGAUCCCGUCCACUGGGUUGAGCUCAAGACGUCCGCAGAGAUCCGAAAUGACCGCGACAUGGUCAAGUAUGAGCGCAAACUACUCAAAUUCUGGGCGCAAUCGUUUCUCCUAGGGGUGCCCAAGAUCAUCGUAGGGUUCCGCGACCAAAAUGGGAUUGUCCGCAGCCUGGAGGAGCUCGAGACGGCGAGUAUUCCCGGCAAAGUGAAAAAGGUGGGCAGAGGGACCUGGGAUGGGAAUAUUUGUAUCAACUUUGCGGCGGCAUUCCUUGAAUGGCUCAAACAGACCAUCCAGGAGGAUGGGUCAUGGAGAAUCCGCAAGCAAGAGAAGUCGCCGGUGAUUGAAGUGUUCAAGUUGGAGGAGCAGGGCCAUGGAGGGAUUCUGUCCCCGGCGUUUACCAGCUGGCGAUCCGCAAGUACUAUCUCCAUGAAUCAUCAAUCCCAAACUCCACCUCUUUCACUUCACCCCGGCAUGGAUUCCAGCUCCAGUACGGGUUCGCCUGGCACGGCCCCGGGGGCGAUCCGGUCGCGUAAAACGACCAGUAUCGCCAAGCGCGCAUGCGAUCAGUGCAAGUUCCGCAAGAUCAAGGUAAAUCCCUCCGGCCCCCUUUGUCGGCGCAUCGGAGGCUGA